UUAUGCAAUGUUAACCACACCCAUAAUUGCUGGAAGAUUAAGAUUGGGUAGUUCAUUUUUAAGUUUCCUCUUAAUCUCUGCUUCAAUUGGUCCUCAUUACCAGCGGACAAUGGCCUGGAGGUCUCAUGGUAGCACUAACGACCAGCUGGUCUCUAAUCUGAAGAGUAAUGGUAUCAUAACGACUGGUAGUGUUGAGGCUGCCAUGAGGGCAGUUGAUAGAGGAGACUAUUGUCCUUUUAAUCCUUAUUACGACUCACCACAACAAAUCGGUUAUCAGGCAACUAUUAGUGCACCACACAUGCAUGCACACGCUCUUGAAGUGUUGAAGGAUCAUUUGGUUGAGGGUGGGCGUGUCUUAGACGUUGGCUCAGGUAGUGGAUACCUCACGGCUUGUAUGGCCAUUAUGGUUGGUUCUACUGGCUGUGCUGUUGGUAUUGAACAUAUUAAAGAACUGAAUGAUCAGGGAAAGUUGAACGUAAAUAAGAACAACAAACAUUUAAUGGAGAGUGACAGACUUAGACUAAUAGAGGGAGAUGGGAGGUUAGGGUAUCCAGACUUGGCACCUUAUGAUGCUAUUCAUGUUGGAGCAGCUGCACCAACUGUACCUCAAGCAUUACUCGAUCAGUUGAAACCUGGCGGUCGUCUCAUUCUCCCAGUGGGUCCUCAAGGAGGGAACCAGUGGCUGGAACAAUACGACAAACAACCUGAUGGCUCGUUCAAAAAGGAGAGACUAAUGGGAGUGAUAUACGUACCACUGACUGACAAAGAAAAACAAGUGUCUGGCUCAAGACGUUAAUUACGGACAUUCUGUGUUUUGCAGCUGAAAUUACCUAUUUACCAGUCCCUAAUGUUUCUAAUUGUGCGUCUUCUUUUAGUUAUCUCAAAAAUAACAUCACUGUUAUCGGA